GGCGGACGCGACGGCUCAUCCUGGCCCCGAGAGCCUCAUCUACACCUGCCUUUUGGGAGCUGCUUUUUUCAUGGCACAUUAAUGUUUGUAAGGGCGGGGGGCGCUCACCUGGCCUGCUACGUGCUGACUGCUUUAGAAUUAUUAUCUCAUGUGGUCCUCAAGAUAACCCUGGCAAGAGGGAGGUGCUGUGAUCAGCCCCAUUUCACAGGUCUCCCCUUUGACUAGGAGCCCCUCUCCCCACCCUGGGCUCUCAAGAUGGGCGAGUAUAACGAGAAGGAGACAUGUGGUACCAUUUGCCUGAAAUACCUGCUUUUCACCUUCAACUGCUGCUUCUGGCUGACCGGCCUGUCCGUCAUGGCCGUGGGCAUCUGGACGCUGGCUCUCAAGAGUGACUAUAUCAGCCUCUUGGCCUCCAACACCUACCUGGCUACGGCAUACAUCCUGCUGGUGGCCGGGGCCGCGGUCAUGGUGACGGGUAUCCUGGGGUGCUGCGCCACCUUCAAGGAGAGGAGGAAUCUCCUUCGGCUGUACUUCAUCCUGCUGCUCCUCAUCUUCCUGCUUGAGGUCAUCGCGGGCAUCCUGGCAUACAUCUACUACCAGCAGCUGAGCUCCGAGCUGAAGGAAAACCUCAAGGAUACCAUGGUCCAGAAAUACCACCAGCCUGGCCACGAAGGAGUGACUGUGGCCGUGGACAAGCUACAGCAGAAGUUCCAUUGCUGUGGGAGCAACAAUUCUAGGGACUGGCAGGACAGUGUGUGGAUUCGGUCCGGGGAGGCAGACAGCCGCAAGUUUCCCGAUAGCUGCUGUAAGACCGUGGUGGAAGGCUGCGGGCAGCGGGACCACGCGUCCAACAUCUAUAAGGUGGAGGGUGGCUGUAUCACCAAAUUGGAGAAGUUCAUUCAGGAGCACCUGAGCAUCAUUGGCGCCAUGGGCCUGGGUAUCGCUGGUGUGCAGAUCUUUGGAAUGAUUUUCACCUGCUGUCUAUACAAAAGCCUGAAGCUGGAACAUUACUAGGGUCCCUGAGGGGGCACGUCCCACCUCCACGCUAAAUUACUGCUGCCUUUCUGUCUCUUUGUACUCGAGCUACUCAAGCCAAGUGUGACUACUGUGGAGCCUCUACUGACUAGGGGUGGGGGACAGGGAGCCUCAGCCCAAACACUGACCCCUCCCUGGCUAGCUGGCCCGCCUGGCUGGCCCAACCUGCUGAUAGCCCUGCACCCCGCACCGGGCCCCAGGACAGCCAGGCUGGGUGGGGGGCUGGCCCAGUCCCUCCUGAUCCCCUGGAGACCCAACCCUGCCUUAGUGGGGAACAGAGCUGGGAGGAUCUCCCUUUUCUGGGUCCCCAGAUUUAGGGCCGGGAAGCCUCUCAGCCUCAACCCUGUGACCCCAGGGGUAUAUUCAAGUGCCUUGAGACGGGCCCCAAUUAGACUGUGUGUGUGCUCUGUGGAAAAGCGUGGCAAGGGAGGGAGGCCAUGUGUCCACAUUGUUGGAGGUGAGUGGGUGUGGACAGGGCUCAUGGAUCCCUAGGGUCUCUGGAGUCCUGAGGCUUGGCAAGGCUCCACAGGGUCGGUUAGAGGUGGGAGGGUUUGGACUAUGUAGAUGGCCACAGAGGUGCCUUCCAACUCUGUCUGUGACUCCGGGAUGUUUAAGUAAAGCCCUCUCCUAGCCAUCCAUCCGCUGGUCCCUUUCUUGGGGGUAUGAAGUAGGUGGGGUAUGGGUCCCACAGGGCCCAGGUGUGGCUGAGAUGGAGGGAGGGUGCCCCCUUUCCCCUCCCUACCACUCAGACUGGUCAAGCCCAGGACAAAACCUGAAGACAGAGCCAGAAGCGGGACACGGAGACCGUCCCAAUGCCCACACCCACUUACUAACUGCCCACUGUACGCCAGGUGCCAGAAACACAGAAGGUGCCUUUGAGGAGGUCACAUGUACGUACAUCCAAGAGGCAUGGACUGGAGACCUCAGGGAACAGAAGUUGGGGUGGCCCACCUGGAAGAAGGCCAGGGCCAAGGGGCAGAGGCCAGGCGGGGCUUGGGAGGCCCAGCAACGUCUAGAAGUAAGAAGCUGGAAUGCGUGCAAAGUGUGCCCGCCUGAGAUGAGUGAAGGAGGAACCCAGCUGUGAAUUAGGUGCCCUAGACAGCGAGAGAAUUUGGAGGAGGGGAAGGGUACUUUCGUAUGAGCAGGUCAGCUAAGGGUGUCAGGAAGGCCCAAGGUCAAGUCCAGAUCCUGCCUCACGCUUCCUGGCUGUGACUUCACUGCUGUCUGCCUGCCUCCCCAUCUCUAAAGUGGAUACAGUGAUCUCCUCCCUCCCAGGGUGGCUGUGAGAGCUCUGGAAAUGCCCCGGCCGCUGCCACUGCCGUGCACAUCGAGCUCUUGUCUGAGCGGUCCUUAAUUCAUCGUACAACUUCUUAUUCUUUGUCGACGGCUUGUUUUGACCACAUCUUGUGUGAAUGUGUCCCUCCCCGGGGCCACCCCCUGCCCGUCCGGAAUUUAAAAAGGGGGGAAGCAACUCAGUAAAACCAGCCAGUAUCAA